AUGGAGCUCAAAAUUGUCAUCACUACGCUUUGUAUUGGUCUCUCAGUUGUGCUCACAACCUGUGAUUCUCAUCAAAUUCAGCUGCAAUCAUCCCAUGAACAAGCUCAUGACAUCCAGCUUAAUCUCCAUACACUCCCAAGGAAGCUCAAGCUCACAGAGAAAGUGAUCACAAAUUCUGGAGAUAAAGACUUGGUGCCAUACAACAAGCGAAACCAAGUUUCAUCAGUUAAGCUUCAUCUCAAAGAAGCAAAUAUGAAGCAUUCAAGAAAAGGGACAUGGAGAGAAUGGGUGGAAAGGACAGACACUUCAAAAUAUUUUACCAUGGAUUAUUCCUACGUUAGAAGACGACGUCCCAUACACAACCAGUCUCUGCCUGUUGGUCCAUGA